AUGACAUCCCACGCAGAAUCCACUUCCCCUUCCAAACCCGGUUCAUCAAUAUCCCCGUCUGUCAACGAGUCACAGGUCACCCACCUCACUGACCUCUCCUCUUCCUCCGAUGUCCACAGUCACAGCAUCCCCAGCAGACGAGCAGGAGAUAUUCCUCUCUCUUCACUCCCACUCCCACCCCCACUCCAUCCUCAACAGCAGUAUUCCCACGACGACGACGACGAACUCGACCCCGAAUCCACUGCUGCACUCCUCCGGAGACACCUCCACGACAACUCCGACGAUGAAGCUGCCGACAGCACCGUACCCUUCAUAAACCCCCUCCGAAAGCUUGUCGAACUCAUGUCCAAGGCACCUCUCCUUCUGCGGUCGUCGCCUGGCUUAGGCACCGGGUCAUACGGAGCGUUGCCCAUCGGAGGCUCUACAGAUAACAGUGAAGAGGAGGAAGAAGAUGUUGGGAGGCCGAAAAAGCAGAGGGCGAGGAAAUCUGGCUUGAGAAACGCCGUCAGCACAGGUGUUCUGAAUGACGCCCAGUCCACAACCUCUGCCUCAGCCACUACCCCUACAUCUUCACGCCAGCGAAAGAGUCAAUCUGCCACCGUUGACGAUCUGGCAGAAGAUAUUGGGCUAGAAGGGAGGUUCGCCGCUGGAGGCAUUCCCAUCCCCAAUGCCGAGAGUUCGCUGGAGUCAACAGGCAGUUCCGACGCCGACGAUUCCGAGGAGGUCAUUUUAGACGAUCUCUCUUUCUCUCUCGAUGAUGAAGACCCCCCAGACAACUCGCCGUAUGCCCAAGUACGAGCUUCUGUUUCCGCUAUAGACAAUACAAGCCUCUCGAUCAAUACCCCGCGGAUGUGGACCCUCUCCAUGUUGUUUGCAAUCCUCGGGUCCUCAACGAACCUUUUCUUUUCCCUUCGAUACCCCAGCGUUUCAAUUACUCCAGUUAUAGCACUUUUACUUGUCCAUCCUCUGGGUCUUCUUUGGGACCGAAUCCUCAAACGACGUGACGACCCCAAAGAAGAAUUUAUAGACGGUGCCAGAAACGUAAAUAUUACCAGCGAAACAAAUACGAGUCCCGAACUUAAUGAUAGACGACCUUUAGAACACCCUAGCACUAUACGUGCAUUCAGAUUAUGGCUCUCUCAAGGGAGAUGGAAUGAGAAGGAGCACAGCUGUGUCUAUAUCAGCAGCAACGUAUCCUUUGGGUUUGCAUUCGCCACGGAUAUAAUAGUCGAGCAAACGCAAUUUUACAACCAAAAGGUUAGCAUAACUUAUCAGCUGCUGCUGAUUCUCUCGACCCAGAUCCUAGGUUAUACAUUCGCUGGCUUAACCCGAAGGUUUCUUGUCCGACCUGGAGGAAUGAUUUGGCCUGGGACUUUGAUGUCUGCCGCCAUGUUCACCACAUUGCACAAAGAAGAGAAUACCGUGGCCAACGGAUGGAGAAUUACUAGAUGGAGAUUCUUCUUCACCGUCUGGAUAUGCGCCUUUGCAUUCUAUUUUCUUCCUGGUCUCCUCUUUCCUGCAUUGAGCUACUUCAACGUCAUCACCUGGUUCUUCCCAAAGAACGUGGUGGUUGCCAAUUUGUUUGGUGUUGCCUCCGGACUUGGUCUUUUCCCGGUCACUUUCGAUUGGGCUCAGAUUGCAUAUAUCGGAUCACCCCUGCUGACUCCAUUCUGGGCUGCAAUGAAUGUUGUUGGAGGUCUUGUUCUUGUCAUGUGGAUAGUUGCACCUAUCGCAUAUUACAAAAAUGUCUUCUUCUCUUCUUACAUGCCCAUCCUCUCUUCGGCCGUUUUCGACAAUACUGGCCAUGUGUACGAUGUUAGCAAGAUCUUGACCAAGGAUUUCUUAUUUAACAGAGACGCAUAUCAUAAAUAUAGUCGGGUUUACUUGCCAAUCACAUAUGUAUUGAGUUACGGUCUACAGUUUGCCGCACUCUCAUCCCUGCUAUCUCAUACUGCCUGUUGGCAUGGAAAAGAUAUAUGGAGGCAAUGGACUGCUUCUUUGAAAGAGGUUGAAGGCGAGUCGAAGGGCUCGUACAAAGUCCUGCCUACAAAUGGAGAUUCGGGUAGAGCAACCAAUGGAAACAGGUCAAGGAGACCCUCAAGAGCCGACUCAGAGAAUAUUAUUAGCCAAGAAGAUGUCCACAAUCGUUUGAUGCGGAAGUACAAAGAUGCGCCUCUGAGUUGGUAUCUCCUAACAUUCGUCAGUAUGACGGCUGUUGGGAUAUUUGUAGUUGAAUAUUACCCCAUUUAUCUCCCUUGGUAUGGGCUUCUGUUAGCAUUAGGGAUUUGCUCAAUCCUCUUUAUCCCUAUCGGCAUUGUCAUGGCAAUUACCAAUCAACACAGCAGCAUCUACCUCAUCUGUCAGCUCGUGUGUGGCAUCGUUUUUCCCGGCCGCCCUGUCGCAAACAUGGUCUUCACAACCUAUGGCUACAUCUCCUCGGCCCAAGGCAUAAAAUUCUCUGCCGACCUCAAACUCGGCCACUACAUGAAAAUACCACCCCGCAUCCUCUUCUCCGUCCAAAUGGUUGCUACAGUCGUCUCUUCCGUUACCCAAAUUUUCGUCCUAAACUGGAUGUUCGCCAACGUUCCCAACAUCUGCACUCCCGAAGCAAUCAACGGCUUCGUUUGCCCGCUCGCACGCGUACAUUUCAAUGGCAGUAUCCUCUGGGGUGUUGUCGGUCCUAAAGAAUUCUUUGGCCCAGAUGCUACGUAUAGAGCACUGGUAUGGUGUUUCCCUCUCGGCGCCAUCGCGCCAGUUAUCCUUUGGCUCUACGCUCGGAAUCGCAAGAAGAACAUCGUCCGCAAAAUCAACCUCCCCGUAUUAUUUGGUUCUCUAUCUUGGAUUCCACCUGCCACGGGCCUAAACUUCUCCGUUUGGGCGCUCGUCUGUUACAUCUUCAAUUACGUGAUCAAGAACCGUGCGACGAAAUGGUGGGCCAAAUACACAAUGACGCUGAGCGCGGCCCUGGACUCGGGGCUCGCAUUCGGGCUGGUGGUGGUGUUCUUUGGCUUUGUAUAUCCUGGCUGGAUGGACGGAUUUAGCUGGUGGGGAACAGAGGUUUACAAGCGAGGGUGUGAUUGGAUGGCUUGUUCAUAUAAGACGGUCCCAGAGGGAGGAAAGUUUGGCCCGGAUGUUUGGUGA